UUUCUUUCCACAUAUUGACCUCCUUUGGCCCAUUUUGGGGGUGGUGCAAAGUCACAGAGGAGACGGUUUGUCGGGGUAAAAACGGCGGGUGUUUGCGCAACAGACGGGUGCAACGGCCUCCACCAAAAGGAACAUGGCGGCGGCGCCUCCUGAGCCCUGCCCUGACUCAGCCCUUUUGCGACAACUUGGAAGGAUCAAUAAUCUUGUCUGAACACCCAUGGUGACACGGGCGUUCCGCGGGGGGAGCUUUCUCAUCAAAAAGUGAUCUCGCCAGAAAUCUAGAGGUUCCUCGUGUGGCUCCUCUGGGAAGAAAGACAGCAAAUUGAAGAAGAGUUAUUUAUUAGACGCACACAUGGGAGACAUGGAGAUGGCCUCACCCAGCUUAUUUGAGAAUUGUGAACUUCACAUUCAAAUACUCAAUUCGGACCAGAACAAAAGAAUUGUUGCCUUCCAACAUGGUAGCCGUGAGCAUGUUAUCGGGCACGUGAUGUCACAACUUUUAACCUGAUACACAGCACGUACAGAAGCAGGUCUCCAUCGGGCUACAUGCCCGUGGUGCAGAUGGAGCCAACGUGGCCCAGAGGCUCAACCUGCCGCGAGGCCGCACGGCAGCAGAUGUUUAUCUCGGGACUGCAAGGACGACAAAACGAUACUGAAGCAAAUUCAACAGGCUCCAGUGUGCACGGAGCAGAAUUUGGGCACCUGCCGGACAACAUUACGGUUCUAGAAGGCGAGAACGUCACUUUGAGGUGUCAGAUCAAUGAGGAGGUGACGCACAAGGCCUGGCUGAACCGUUCCAACAUUCUGUUCACGGGCACUGACAAGUGGUCGCUGGACAAGCGCGUCACGCUGGUCAAUAGCAACAACAGCGACUUCUCAGUCCACAUCGACAAGGUGCAAGUAAGCGACGAGGGGCCCUACACGUGCACCUUCCAGGCAAACAACAAACCCCGCAUCGCCCAUGUCUACCUCAUCGUGCAAGUGCCGGCCAGAAUCGUCAACAUCUCCACAGAGGUGUCUGUGAACGAGGGCGAGAACGUCAACCUCUUCUGUCUGGCCGUGGGUCGGCCCGAGCCAACCGUCACCUGGAAGGACCAGAAAUACGGUCUUGUAAGCGAGGGCGAGUUCCUGGACAUCACGGAGAUCAAGCGCCAGCAGGCCGAGGACUACGAGUGUAUCACCCACAACGGCGUGGCCCCGCCUAAUCAGCGCAAGGUCAAAGUCACGGUCAACUACCCGCCCACCAUUACUGACAUGAAGAACAUGCCCGCACACUUGGGGAAGACGGCCAUCCUGCGUUGCGAAGCCAUGGCCGUGCCCCCCGCCUCCUUCGAGUGGUACCGGGAUGAUCACAGGCCCGUGGAGAGCGACAACACCCUGCGGAUCAAAAACGAGAAGACGCGCUCGCUUCUGCUCUUCACCAACGUUACGGAGAAGCACUUUGGCAACUACACCUGCUUCGCCACCAACCGUCUGGGGACCUCCAACGCCAGCAUGCUGCUAUUCCGACCAGGGGCCAUACAAGGUCGAGCGACUGGUCUACAAUCGGGCUUAAGCGUCGCCCUCAGCGUUUGGAUCUCUCUUUCUGCCGCCAUCCUGCUGAAGGUGUAACAAUUGGAAACAACCUCUCCCAGCCCCAAAAAUGGAGUAGAACGCCCACCCCGACAACAACCCCCAUCCCAUCCCCACCCCUCUACCCCUCGACCGAAAGGAAUUGAAUUCUUUAAUUAACGAACCCAUCACUGUGAACAAAAAGAAUAUGCAUUGAAUCAUUGCAUCAAAGUGGAGACCCCAACUCGCCCGCCCCCAUACAACACACACUCCCAGCGUCAUCUGUGCGUCUCCCACAAUGCCUUGCAGAUUUGAAACAUGAUUAUUGUGAGCAGUGAGGAAAGUGGCUGUAAUAUGAAAAGGGAUGUAACGUGUAUCGAUGUACUAAUGACUGACCUACAAAGUCUGCCUUAUAGAACAGCUGUGCUAUUAUAGUGGACAUGUAUGGUAAUGUGACCCGUUUAAGGCUACACACACACACACACACAAAUAUACACACAUACACAGACAGUGGUGGUCAAAAGUUUACAUAUACGCAUCAUUGGUUUGAAUGUUAGUCAUUCAGGGCUGUCAGUGAUUUGUUGAUCAGAUCGACCAAUGAGAUAAAGAUGAAUUUUUAUAGAAAAAAAACCCAUUUAGAUUUAAAUGUUAAUUCAAAUUCAUUUGUUGUUGAAUCCCUGUAAUGUAUUUCGUGUCAACAUGCUAGCAAAAAGGCUACGUGGCUAGAUUUCACAUGUAUGCUAAAUUCAAGCUUAAAUUUCCACUUCUGUUACUUUCAAUUGUGUUAAGUAAGGAGUUUCAAAACAAAAAAAAACAAAAAAAAGUCACCUGAAUUGGGCCAAUACAUAUUAGAAGAGUAACAACAAACUAAUGUCGCCUAAUUGGUGGUAUGGCCCUGUUGACUCACGCUGGGAAAAUAGAAUUGUCCACACAAAAUUGUCUGUUUGAGUGCUGCGACCAGUGAUCGACAUCAAAUCAUCUCUAAAUGUCGCUAAUGUGCAUACGUAAACUUUUGAGCCCAACUAAUCCUAAACAUUCUCACUCUGUAUAGUCAAACGUAAGGCUUUCUUUCCCAUAUCAAUCCGUGCAGCAGUUGAAUCUGCAAUGAAUGAUGUCAAAAUGUGCACAAAAAUAAAAAGGCCUGGCCGGGGCUUGGCGGCGGCGGCCAUCUUGUUUCCCCCCUCCCGUGCCACCACCCGGUCCUUUUCACCCCCUCACCCCGUUUCUCUCCAUCCAUCUAUCUAUCCAUCCAUCCCACUGCCCAAUGUAAAUAUAUGCAGUACAUCGGUGGAGGGGCAAUUGAGCGCCCGCCCCCACGGCUUUGUUGCUUGUUGAUAGCAUGUUAGCCCUGUUGUGACUCCAUCCAUCACCCCUCCCCUCCCCCUCCAACACCACCACCAUCUGUGUCGAUUUGACCUCGCUCUUUUUUCUUUAUUGGUGUUGCUACUACUACCAAUGCUGAUGAUGUUAAUAUGUAUUUGAAUACCUAUGAAUAGUAAUUCCAUGUCAGAAGAGGACAAAAAAAUAUGAUGGUGAUAAUGGGUCAUUUGUUGGGGGAGUGGGUGGGAAUUUAGGUGGGGGUGUUAAUUUUUUUUAUACUUUGCGAUGUCUCACACACAACACACACACUGAAUAACUGGGGGGGGAACAAAAAAGGUGUAAAGUUUUCCUAUUUUGCCGUAACAAGGUUUUUGAAAAUACAGUCCAAGGAAUUAUUAUAAUGAUUAUGAUUAUCAUCAUUUGUACCACUCAGCUCAUCAUAUACAGCGUACGUAUGUGUCCACUUGUCUGAGCAUUUUUUGUCAAUGGGGAAAUAAACCAUGUAAUAAUUUGCCGUCCAUGUGGUGUUGUAUGGUGGAUGAAACGUAAUUACCACGAAUGGAGAAAAAAAAGUAUUUGGAAAGUACCGCAGCAGCUGUAUGAAUGUGUCCGAGCAGCAAUAACCCCGCCCCCUGCCCUCGCCCCCCACCCCUUCCAAAAAACCUGACCCAUCAGUUGUUGUAUUGACUGUAUGCUGUGAAGUUGGUGGAAGACUUGCUGAAAACGUUGAAAUUCACCAUUUGUGCAUGUUGUUAAAAAAAAAGACUAAAAACAAAAAGUACCACUUUGCCACACUGCUGAUUUUAUUUCAUUUUUAUUAAAUCACGCUACAUUUGUGUCUA